AUGAGUGAGUGAGUUUUGUCUUGAACUCGAAUGUGAUUAUUUUUUUCUCCUUAAACUGUUAUGGAUAUGAUCUAUACAGUUGACAGAUCAUGUCGAUAACAGAAGAAGCCAUAAAAAUCUAAAUCAAACUUCUUGUCGAUAAUAUAUCUGAUAACAGCUCAACACUAUUCACAAUGAACAAAAACGGACAGUAUGCGAUAACAUUUAGUAACAGCAUAUACUGUGAUAGUGACCACACACUGACCCGACUAAUAAAUAUUUAAAAAUAUACAUAUAAACCAACUAUGUGGCUUUAUAUAGUACUAGGGUUGAUCGCUCUUGCAUUAUAUGUGUUCAAAAGUUGCAAAUAUGAUUAUUGGGAGAAAAAGGGAAUACCCACAGCAUCGGGAAAUGAAUGGUUUUUUGGACACUUUAGGCCUCUUAUACUGGUGAAGAAACAUAUGAACGAAGUGAUUGACAAUAUAUAUAAAGAAUUUCCCAAUGCACCGUUGGUUGGCUACUACGUUAUGGGCGUCCCAGGGUUGAUGGUGAAAGAUUUGGAUAUGAUAAAAACGAUACUCGUCUCAGAAUUCUCCAGCUUUAAUUCCAAUGGAUUUGAGAUUGACAAGAAUGCCGAUCGUCUCGCCUCCGCGCAUCCGUUUGUUCUCAAAGGUGACGAAUGGAAAUCUGCCCGAGCUCAAGUGACCCCAUCUCUAAGUCUGGUCAAGCUGAAAGGCUAUUUGCCCAGCGUACUCAAAGUGGGUGACGAAAUGGUAAAAUACGUCAAGAAUAACUGCAUUGGAGCAACCGAAGUGGAUGUUCAAGAUCUAGCUAGGAUGUAUUGCACCGAUGUAAUAGGUAAUGCAAUUUAUGGAAUAGAAAAUAAUACGUUUGAGAAUGGGGACUCAUUAGUCUCCUAUAUAACAAGAGAAAUUCGUUUUGAAAGAGAUGUUUCGGAUAAUAUCUUACUCUUUUUUCAACGGUGUCCUGUUAUACGUUCAUUUUAUCCAGCAAGAUUUUCUUCUAAAAAAUUACAAGACGUGGUGGUGACCGUAACACGUAAGGUAAUCCAGGAACGGAUUGCGAGUGGUGAGAAGCGAAAUGAUCUCAUACAACUGCUUUUGACACAGAAAGAAAGCGAUACACAAGGAGUGUUUACAGAUGAGUAUAUGAGCGCACAGGUGUUUACGAUCAUUGGGGACUUAUACGACUCAGCGAGCAACUUUAUUACAAUAAUUUUGGCUGUACUUUCUAGACAUCCCGAAAUUCAGGAAAAACUACGUAGUGAGAUAAAGGAAGUAAAAUCAAGGAAUAAUGCCAUUUUCUCCGUAGAAGAUAUUGAAGGCGCAAAAUAUCUUGAGAUGGUUUUCAAUGAAACCUUCCGUCUCUUCAGCUUUUUUAUACCUCGACAAUGUAAUAAUGACUGCACUAUACCAGUGCCAAGGUCUAAGCCCAUUACGAUCACUAAGGGUACACAAAUUGCUAUACCAGCAUGCAGCAUUCAUAAAGACCCCAAAUACUACCCGGAUCCGGAGAAGUUUGACCCGGAGAGGUUCACUGAAGAAGAGGUGGCCAAAAGACCAAAGUUUACUUAUAUGCCGUUUGGAGAGGGACCUAAGAAGUGUAUAGGUAAUCGCAUAGUGACGUUGCAUAUAAAAGCGGCGAUUAUCAAGAUCCUCGACAAUUUCAAGCUAACACCUUCAUCAAAAACGAAAUACCCCUUCGAGAUUGAUCCGCGACAUAUAUUUACUAUUCGCCCUAAAGGUGAUGUUUGGGUGACCUUCGAGCCUAUACAGGAUAAAAGUAUAAGGUCACAAAAAUAUACACAGAGAUAUAUCCACAAAGAGCUACCUAAAUAUUAUGUUGUAUACAAAUGGGAGCCUGAUAGCACGGACUCAGUACGUACUGGGGCCUCAAACUACGCGGACUUGUUCAAUAUGUGGCUAUUUGUAGCUCUAGGGCUAGUUGCUUUCGCAUAUUAUGUGUUCAAAAGUGGCAAAUAUGACUACUGGGAGAAGAGAGGAGUGCCGACAGCAUCAGGAAGGAAAUGGUUCUUUGGACACUUCAAACCGAUUUUUCUGUUGAAGAAACAUUUGGUUGAAGUUAUUGACACCAUUUAUAAAGAAUUUCCUGAUGCACCAUUAGUUGGUUACUAUGUGAUGAAUGUUCCCACUUUGAUGGUCAGGGACUUGGAUAUCAUCAAAACGAUCCUUAUUUCGGAGUUUUCCAGCUUCAAUUCCAAUGGAAUGAAGUAUGACAAGAAAGCCGACCCGCUCGCCGCAGCGCACCCAUUUUUCCAAUCCGGAGAAGAAUGGAAAACUACCAGGGCCCAAGUAACGCCAUCACUGACUUUGGCCAAGCUAAGAGGCUUUAUUCCCAAUAUAUUCAAAGUGGCAGACGUUAUGGUCAAUCAUGUGAAGAGGAGCAAAUCAACAGAAAUUGAGACACGAGACUUAAGUAUGAGAUAUGGUACGGAUGUCAUAGGAAAUGCCAUAUACGGCAUAGAAAACAAUUCAUUUGAAAGUGAUGACUCACUUGUUUCGCAUUUAACAAGAGAACUCGAAUUUGAGAGCACAGUUAAAGAUAACAUUAAGCUCUUCUUUCAAAAUAUUCCAAUAAUAAGUUGGUUGUUUCCUCCAAGAUUAGCAUCACUAAAUCUCCAACACAUGAUGGUCGCGAUGACCCGCAAGAUAGUGAAACAGAGAUUAGAGACCGGUGAAAAACGGAACGAUGUGAUUCAACUGCUUUUAACGCAGAAGGAAAAUGAUACAAAAGGAGUUAUUACAGAUGAAUAUAUGAGCGCACAAGUAUUCGUAUUUAUAAUAGAUUUAUAUGAGACUGGAAGUAACGUUAUAGCACUGCUUUUAUACCUACUUUCGAUACACCUUGAAAUUCAAGAAAGACUCCGAUCUGAAAUCAAAGAUAUAAAAGCAAGAAACAAAGGAGAAUUCACCGCGGAAGAUAUUGAAGGCGCAAAAUAUCUUGAAAUGGUGUAUAAUGAAUUGUUCCGGCUGUUCAACUUUUUCCUCUCUCGCGAAUGUACCAGCGACUGUCUCGUACCUGUGCCUGGAUCUGAACCCUUUAAGAUCACCAAGGGUACAUCUGUCGUUAUACCAGUAGCCAGUAUCCAUAAGGACCCCAAAUACUACCCGGAUCCGGAAAAGUUUGACCCGGAGAGGUUUACUGAAGAAGAAGUGGCUAAGAGACCCAAGUUCACUUAUAUGCCGUUUGGAGAGGGACCUAAAAAGUGCAUAGGAGCUCGCAUGGUUACAUUACAUAUAAAGAUAGCGCUUAUCAAGAUCCUCGACAACUUCCAGUUGAAACCUUCACCGAAAACGAAGUAUCCAUUUGAGAUAGACCCACGUUUUAUGCUUACUCUGCGUCCUAAAGGUGGUUCUUGGGUUAAUUUUGAACCAAUUAAUUAGUAAUAGUUUUCGAUGGUGUAAAACUACAUGAUCGCGUUCGGGAAGAAAUAUUCGAAGCUAGCGACCCGCCUUUGCUUCGCACGGAUUAUAAAAACAUAUUAUAUUAUACACCUAAACUUUCCUCAAGUAUCACUCUAUUAAUUGGUGAAAACCGCAUGAAAAUUUGUUCAGUAGUUUUUGAGUUUAUCGCGAACAUACACACAGACAGACGAGGCGGGGGACUUUGUAAGGUGUAGUGAACUGUGGAAAAAUGUCAUAUAAGUUAGAGUAAGUAAGAGUUUACAAACUGUUGUCAGAAAAAAUAUAUAUUUUGUAAUUUAGCACAGCAGAAAUAUGAUUGCAUUGCAAAAUAAAAAUACAAAAAUAGUCCAUUUGUAUUUUAAUCAUAAGUUUUUUUUAUGUGGGAAUAUCUCAAAGCAAGUGUAACAUUCAUAGGAUUAAGCUGUAAAUAUAUUUCAAUAAUUAAAUCAUUACGAUGA